CCCUAGCCCGCUUGUUGUUCAUGAAAAUUGUAAGAUUGACCCUAAGACCGUUUGGUGGGUAAAAUGACAAAGGGAAUACGCUUGUUUUUCAGAGUUAGGUCAUUAAAGAUGGGCUGUAGCUUUACCAGGGAGGAGAGUCCCUGAUACUAACUGCUGUCCUGGAGGGACUUCAUUAUGGAAUGAAUUUUUUAAGAUCUAGGAGUGUUAAAAUCUCCCCGGCCCACUUUGUAAGUUAUGGUAACUGCCUCAAAGGGCAUUUUGUGGAAGUCUCACCUCAAACAGAAUGGAGCCGGGAAGGGGCUCAGUAAUUCUUACCUAUCGGAACUGGAUGACACACUUGCAGGCCAAGGAGACCUGAGCUUUUGUGAAGUUCCAGCCAGCAAGUUGCAUCAAGGUUUUGGAUGGCAGAGCUUGGCAUUGUGCCUUCAUCACAUGUCUGGAUGAGAUGUGUCCUAGUAGUAAAUGUGUCCUACUGGACCCCAGAGCCCUCCUAGAGUAGUUAACUUCUUUUAUGGGUUGGUGUUGAGAUUUCUAGUGUCCUGAAAUGCCUGCGUCAGUAGCUUGUCUGAACCCAAGAUUGAAAUAAAGCUUUCUUUGACUGCUCUUCAGCUUUGAAAUUAAUGGAUCUAAACAUAAUGUAAAGGCAAGUUGUGAAUUUUGGUUAAACUACAUCUCUAGAAAACUUGAGAAGGGAUAAUGAAAAAAAUAUUUAAUGAUAUUCUUGCUGCGUCAGUUGUGCUGAAAUAAAGGGAAUCCUCGGGCUGCAGCUUAACUCCACCUGUCAUUUAAAGGCAGUUUCUGUCACUUUUUGGAAUUAAAAUAGACUUGUUUAUAAUUGAAAGCAUUGAGGUUCUCUCUCCCCACCUGUCUGAUUUUAGCAGCUGAAGGGAUUAAUACAGCUCCUAGAAAAGAAAAGGGAGGGGGCCCUCUGAGUUAGUGAACAAGCUCUAUGAAAUCCUUGAAAUUCAAGGAACUUAAUGGAGGGAGGGGAAAAAAAAUCUGUAAUUCAGUGCUAACCAAAACCUUAUUCAAUAAUUUGUGUAUACAAAUGUGGAGACUGAAAUUUAGAUGAAUUUUGAAUAAUCUGUUUCAAGCCUCAAAACUAAUGCCAUUUGCUCCUGAAGCAAUCCUUAAUGCUGAUAAACUUAUUUCUGAAUAGUUUGAGCUUGUACAGUUGGGUUAAUAAGUGCCAGUGAUAAAACACUCUGAAUUUUUCUUAUAAUUAUUACUAUGAAAAAUAUUACAAUGAAAAAUACAUAGCCCAAGUAAUUUGUUAUAGUGUCUAAAGCAGGUAACUUACGACUUACCCCAUUGUGAAGUCGUCAGGAAAUUCUAAGUUUCAAAUUUUGACUAAUGUGUUAGGGGGCAUUUACCUUUAUAAUCAUAAGACUGACUUACCAACUCUCCAGGAAAAACUGGUUGAGCCACCUGUCUUUUCUGUAGUUAUAUACUGGUGGAAUAAAUUGAGUUUGGAUGCGGUAGGCUUUUCCCCCCUUCCCUUCUAGGUAUUGAGCAUUUGUUGGUCUAAUCCCGUUAACCUCCUGAAUAGUAAGCAUGGUACUUUUUCAUCAUUCAGAAAAUCUUUUGCUGAGCUUUACUCUAGUAAAGCUAGAACAUUGGUCUAUUUUGGCAGAAUGACAUACUUAUCCAAAUUAAGGGGUAGAGAGCCAAUGUAUUCUCCACUCCAGUUCCCUCCUUCCAAAAUAGAACCACAGUCUGGUUUAACAAGUUGGCCCAUGGUUUCAUAAUACAAUCCCUAUCCUUGUGACUAAGCUUUCUUCCUGGCAGUCUAGUUCAUCUUAGAUUGAUGUCUGAAGGGCUAACAUUACCUAGGAAGGUCUGUAGAGACUGCAACCCGUUUGUGAGAGAGUACAACCCAUUUGUGGUUGAGUUUUUUGCUUGUUUUGCGUGAGUAGGUAAAUGAAGGCAUAAAGACGUGAAGUGACUUAGUUCUUCAUACUUAACAUUGAAUUGUGCGCCAGACACCAUCUUCUUGAAACUUUAUUCCAUGAGUCAGAUUCUUCUUAUCCUAGUGGAAGCCUGAGCAUAUAAAUACUUGUUUUUUUCUCAUUUAACUCUGACUCCUGGUCUUUAUCACUAUUCACUGCCUUCCUUAUUCUGGUUUUCAGUGUCUGUUUCACUGAAACAGACUGAUCCUUGGGGGACAGAGUAGGACAGCUAUUCUAGUGGUAUUCUGUGGCCUGUAAGAAAGACUUAGGGUUUGUUUGAAGAAGAAAGGAAGAAGGGCACAUCUGGAAAAGGAUGGAAAGCAUGCUAUUCCCAGCCCCACUCCUAAGCCUGUGCUCCCCAUUUAGAGACUAAGAGGCUGUUUAGACUGUUCUUUUCACCUUAAAAUAUUUUUGUGUUGGGGGGGUUGUUUUGUUUUGGUUUUGGUACUUGGGAACUGUGGGAGAUGGGGAGAAGGAUAUAUUCUUACUCGACCACUGAAAUAUGUUUGGGGAAGAUUGCUAUUGCCUGUCACCUGUGUCUAAUCCUGUGUGGUGACUUUCAUUCUCAGAUUUAAAAAUUCUGUUUCCUGUGAGGCAUGUUGUACCAAGUGGGGCUGCAUAACUCAUCUUUGUUUUUUUCCUUCCCUUUCCUUCUUUAUUCCCCUUUUUUGCUUUUCUCCUCCAGCUAUGCUUCCUGUGUCUUCAGCCUUGAAUGUCACUGCUGCCUUAGGGCAGCCUGAAUCUACCCUCCCCCCUCCUUGUUCCCAGGCUCCCCAACAAUGCCCUCUGGCAACCCCUAAUCAGCCUUCCCCACUCCUUUCUCCCUCUGGUGUUGCCUCAACCCCUUUUGAAGCUCCUUUUCCCCAGUCAUCCUCUGGGACAGCCCUGCCUUUGGGAGUUGCCCCUUCCCCUACUGACACCCCAACUUUCCUACCAAACCUACUAGGGCCUCCAAUCUCCCCAGCUGCUUUAGCUCUGGCCUCUCCCAUGAUAACUCCAACCCUGAAGGGUGCCCAUUCCUCUUCAGCUCCCUUGGCUCUGGUGGCCUUGGCUCCCCACUCCAUUCAGAAGAACUCUGCUUAUCCACUUAACCCUCUUAGUUCACCUCCUUUGAUUGCUGUGACUGAGUCAGGAUCAGUGAAACCUCUGUCAUCUCCCAUUGCUUCCUCAGAACCAAAGACCUCUCCUAUUCAAGACCCCUUACAAGUAGACCCUCCAAAAAGUACCCCUAUCCCUCUAGAUAUAGUCAGUGCUGUUCCUUCCCAUCUUGGGACUCCCUUGGCCUCUGUUCAGUCUGGAGUAGCAUCAUGUCCUCCGAUGCUACCUAUCACUCCCCCUCAGUUCAGAGACAUCUCUGUUUCCUCAGCUCUGACUUCUCAACAAAACACUGAAGGCCUCAGCCUAAAGGGACCCCGUAGUUCACCUGCUGUCUUAUCUAUUUCAACCCAGUCUAUUUCUGUGGCUCCCAACAUCUCUCCAGUUUCUCUCCCUUCUCUAGGCUCUCAUUCUACACCUUUACAUCAGAGUUCUCUUGGUUCUCCUAUUCAGCCUUUUGUUCAAACAGUCUCCAAUGUUCUGUCACAUACUAUAGUGGAUGCCACUUCUGUAGAUCAUUCUUCCAUAGGGGAUUCUUACCCUUCUCAGAGAUCUGUAAUUUCUCCCCCUCCUUCCAGAAAUGAGGUGGCUUCUGCUGCUGUGGCUGCUUUUCCAGUGGGGGCUCGAGAUUCCCCCAUGGCUCUUUCUGUUGACAAAAAUCUUUCUGCUGUCACUGGCAUAGCCUCCUACAGCCCCUCUGGUUCAUCGGAUGUAGCUACCUCUUCUCCAUUAUCUCCUACAGCCUCUCUCAUUCUCAAAGGCUCUCCUGAUGCCACUCAUCAUCAACUUUUAUUGGCCCAAAUACCUGCUUCUCCAGGGAGUCCCACCUUGAAAGAAGCUCCGGUUUGUUCUGUUGGAACCACCCCAUUUGUUACAGCUAACCCCUCUACAGUUUCUGUAGCACCUGCUACCUUUGAGAUGGCUACAUGUGUCUCUCCUCCAAUUUCAUCAGGUCUCAUAAGUAGUAAGGACUCCACUUCCCAUACUGCCCCGGUUAUGACUCCUGUGGCUCCUAAAGAGCUUUCUGCUUCUCAGGUAACAAACACUCUGGGAGUACCAGCCUCUCCUCCUCUGCCAGCCCCUGAGAACCCCAACAGUCUCACUGCAUCAGUAUUGGUAAAGUUACCAACACAAAAAGAUCUCCAAACUAUACCUGCCUCUGUUGUUGAAGCCCCUGUUUCACCAGUCCAGGCAGGACUCCCUAUCAAGAAGGACCCUACUGUAAUACCAUUGGCCCUGGCAGCCCCUAAUAAUCACCCCUCUUCCCAAAGUACAUCAUCAUUAGAGAUCCCUCUUUCUCCUGAAGCCACGUUAGUAAAGAAAAGCAUUGUAGAGCCUCUCCCUGUAGUUACACCAGUCAGUACUACUCCCUGUCCUCUGGGUGUUAAUUCCCCAACCUCUGUGAUCAAGACAGAUCCUUAUGUAAGCCCAGACCCCACUAGUCUGCUUCCCAAAAGUUCUCUCUCUACUCCAACCAUAGCUACAUUUCCUGCUGCCACUGCUGGGGUGGCUCCUACCACUACAGCCAGCCCUUUACUAGGAGCUGUUUCUUUGGCUCAUAAAAGCCACUCAGAUAAGGAGGGUAGUUCCACUCUUUCUAUUUUACCUUCAGUCCCUCCAGCCUCUGAAAGUUGCCCUGUGGCUCCAACUGUGACUUUAUCCCCCCAGAAUGUUUCUGCUUUUCCAGCUGCCAUGGCACUGGCCUCUGAAAUUCCCAAGUCUGAGCCCUUUCCCUCUCUUCCUCCUCAAGGUGCAAAGAAAGCUCAUGGUAUUUCUCAUACCUCGGCAUUGGAACCUGUGGCUUCCUCUCCUGAAGGGCACCCAGCCAAGGACUCUGGUUCUUCUGUUAAUGCAUCUUCUCAAGGAACUUCCCUAGCUGACUCCCCAUCUCCUUUAGGGACUAGUAUGUCUCCCCAAACUAAAAGACGUCCAACCAAGAAGGGUUCAACUAUUUCUAAAAGUGUACCUGCUAUCUCUGAUAUUCCUGCUGGAAAUCACUCUUCCCCUGUUUCUCCAGUUGAUGCUUCAUUUCUUCCAGAGGCCAAUCUUUCUUUUCAAGUCCCUAAAGGGUCACUGGCCAAGAAGCAUUCCCCUACUCCAUCCCCCAAAGAGGCCCCAGAUAUCCCAUCCCCCAAAGAGGCUUCCACUCCUCCACCUGUGGCUCCUCCCUCCCUCCAAAAGUCCCAAGCACCUCCGUCCCCCAAAAGAGCCCCAACUACUCCAUCUCCCAAAGGGACCCCCACUGUCCCAGUUGUGGCUCCUCCCUCCUCCAAAGGGGCUCCCAACCCCCAAGCCGCGGCCCCUCCUUCCCCCAAAGGGGCCCCAGCAACCUCAUCCCCUAAAGAGACUUCUGCUCCUCCAUCUAUGACUCCUUCCUCCCUCAAAGAGUCCCCAGCUACCCAGCCUCCCAGAGGGGCCCCUUCCCCACCAGUUGUGGCUCCUGCCUCUCCCAAAGAGUCUGGAGCAACUCCAGCUCCCAAAAGAGCCCCAGCUGUGGGUCCUCUCUCCCCCAAAAAGUCGCAAGCAACUCCAGUCCCCAAAAGAGCCCCAGCUACUCCAUCUCCCAAAGGAACCUCCUCUGCCACAGUUGUGGCUCCUCCCUCCCCCAAAGGGGGCCCAGCACAAUUUCUGCCGUCCUCACCUGGGCUGGUGCUGGACUCACCCUGUAAGCCCUCAGCCCCUGCUGAUGAGGAUGAGCUGCCGCCUCUGAUUCCCCCGGAACCAAUCUCAGGGGGAAUGCCUUUCCAGUCGGUCCUCGUCAACAUGCCCACCCCUAAACCUGCUGGAAUCCUUGCCCCAAUCCCCUCUGCCAAGCAACCUGUUCUGAAGAACAACAAGGGUAUUUGCCUUGGUUUGCUGUGUGCAUGGUGUGUCGCCCACACCCCUCCUGGGGCCACCCACCAAUACUAA